AUGGAAGCCGUCGAUAAUUCACGCCAUGAUCAAGAUCACCGCGCCGCUGCAGCGUUCAGCGUCGAGCUGGAGGUGGAGCACGUCGGAGAGCGCAAGAAUGGCGCCGCCCCCGCCCGUACCGUCCUCGAGCAAGAAGAACCCGAGCCAAGAACCGAAGGCCGGCGGCGACCUGGUCGCGCGCGGCGCCUCGCCCGGAGGCUCCACCCGGCGACCGUCGCGCGCGCGUGCUGGCGCUGGUUGAAGCACCCGGCGCACCUCGCCCUGGUCGCGUGGGCGCUCUGCGUGGCGGCGUCCGGCUCCAUGCUAGGGCUCCUCCUCCUGGGAUCCCUCAACGGCGCCUUCCCUCGGAGGUCGGUCCGCAACCGGUGGAUCGAGAUCAACAACCAAGUGCUCAACGCGCUGUUCACGCUCAUGAGCAUCUACCAGCACCCCGCGCUGUUCCACCACGCCGUCCUGCUGCUCCGGUGGCGCCCCGGGGACGCCAAGGUGCUCAGGGAGGCCUACUGCCGGAAGGGCGCCGGUGCGGGCGUCCGGCGCGGCCAGCGGGUUCACAUGUCCGUGGUGGUCGCGCUCCUGCACGCCACAUGCUUCGCGCAGUACGCCAUGUGUGGGCUCUACUGGGGGUACUCGCGCAGGGCACGUCCGGAUGACGCCCUGACCUCGCUCACCGUGGUCGGCACCGCGACGCCGCCCUCUAGGGAGGAAGCACGGGGGCGCAGCGUGCACCAAGAGCCCGACGAACGUUCAGCAGCCUCCUCCGACGACGACGGUGGGAUAGUCGACGUUGAGCUGGCGGUCGGCGCGGAGUGGGCCGGCGGUCUUCUCGACGUCGGCGACGACCCGACGGCGUGCUGGCUCUCGUGCCUCUGCACGUUCUGCGUGUUCGGGUGGAACAUGGAGCGUCUGGGCUUUGGGAACGCGCACGUGCACACCGCCAUGUUCGCGCUGCUCUGCUUCGCGCCGCUGUGGGUGUUCAGCGCCGCCGCGAUCAGCAUCCGGAACGACGACGUCAGCUUCGCGGUCGGCGCGACGGGGGUGGUCCUCUGCGCGCUCGGCCUGCUCUACGGCGGGUUCUGGCGCGCGCGGAUGCGGCGGAGGUACGGGCUCCAUGCCGCCAACGCGUGCGGCACCGCUUCGCCGUCGCUCGCUGACUACGGGCAGUGGAUGUUCUGCUGGAGCUGCGCGCUGGCGCAGGAGGUGCGCACCGCUGACAUCCUCCUCGACGUCGAGGCCGGAAGCGUCAGCCGCCCAGACUCCGACGGCAGGUGA